UUUUGUUGUUUUGCUACGUUUUAAUUUAUAAAUAUACACUUUAUUGUAUUAAAUGUUGUUAUUUUGUAUUGUAUUUGUAUAGCGUUAUGUCUGACCUGGAGAUUUGUCGCAUCUGUGUGAGUAAAGGCGUGAGGGUGUAUAAUUACACGCAGUACAAUUUAAAACUAUAUUAUGAAGAUAUCAUGAAGAAAAAGAUUGACGGGGAUGGCUUACCAAAAUAUUUUUGUUUUGAAUGUGCGGCCAUGUUGUACAAAUUCCACAAGUUCAAAGAGAAGUGCCUCACAGGACAGAGGGAACUUAGAGAACUGCUUUGGAAUGAAUCUAUCACCUCAUCAUCUGUGUCUUCGAUAGACAGAGAAAGUAAGAAUCUAACAUCAUCUAUAGACAUUGUAACAGUAAACAAAAGAGUCAAAACAUAUAAUGUAAGAAACAGAGGGUUUACAAGAAAUUUGUCAAAACAAUUCCAUCAUUUCAAACUACCAGAAAUUGAAGAAGUCAAAGUUGAUUAUGAUAAUACACCAAGAGAUAAAAACCUAGAAAUUGUCAAAAACGAAAUGGAUAACAAAGUUUUGGAAUCCAAAAGUGAUGAAAUAUUCAAAGUUGAUGAUGAGCAGAAUUGCAGUUUAAAUACGAAAGAAGAAACCACUGCCAGUUUAGAUAUGUACAAUGGUGAUGAUAUAAAUACAGAAAGUUUUGCAGAUGAUGAUAAAACUGAAGUCAAAAGCGAAGAACCAGAUCAUCAAAUGAUAGAUGAUGAAGAAAAGAACUUUGAUAUUCAGUUGAUUGCUAAUAUUAAUGAAAAUGAAAGUAAAAAAAAUAUAAAAAAAGAUAAAGUCAAACCCAAGAAAUUUGAAGUUGUUGAAGGGACUAAAAAUGAUUUAGAUCCUAACCAUUGGUUGAAGAUCAAUUUGAAUGAAGAGGAGGCUAUGCUUGAGUUUAAAGCAAGAGCUCUAGACUCGAAAUACCUGUCGGCGGCUUACAAGUGCGAGGUCUGUUUCAAAGGGUUCUCGAAAGAAGAUAUGCUGAACAGACAUGUUAAACUAAGGCACAGUGAGUCUCGUGGACCGAUUGACUGUCACUUUUGUCACAUGCGAUUCAAACUAAAAUGUCACCUGACAAGGCAUAUUGUACAGCAUUAUACGAAAUAUAAAUGUUUGAGAUGUGAUCUCAUGUGCCCCUUGAAAAACACGGCGUUAUUUCAUAAUGACUAUCACAAUGGCGUCAUCAGGAAAUGCAUGCAUUGUGGAGAGGAUUUUAGGCACUUAUCUACAUACUACACCCACUUGCGGACUCACCGCAGUGAGCAUGUGUGCACGCUCUGCGGCGCCAGCUUUGUCAGUGUGAAAGGACUUAACAUGCAUAAGCGGACCAUGCAUGUUAUUACCGCUAGUAGCCCCAAAGAAGGAACCUCUUACUGCGCGCGAUGCAACAUGCGGUUCGACUCUCAGAAAGCUUACGAGGAACAUUUGUCCCAUUCUGCAAUGCAUGCUGAAGGUGUUGAAGAUCUAGCAAAGGAAACGUCAGCGCAGUCAAUAUCAAAGCAUCGUAAGAAUUCUCUCAGAAGAAAGCCGAGGCAAUUCACUCCGUGUCCAAUAUGCAACAAGAACUUUUCAACCCAAACUGCAUACAAGAAGCAUCACGCAACGGAACAUAAAGACGCGCCGAUGCCUGCCGUAGAGAGAUCCAACGUGAGGCAUGUCUGUGAAAUAUGUGGAGUGUCUUUAGCGGCAGGUAGUGUUGCCAGUCAUUUAAACACCCACACUCGUGAGAAGUUGUACACUUGUAGUACAUGUGGCAUGCAGUUCAAUAGCAAAAGUAGCAUGUAUCGACAUCAGCUGACACAUACUGGUGAGAAGCCCUUCGGUUGCACUCUGUGCGAUAAAAGGUUUACACAGAAAUGCAGCAUGAAGCUCCACUAUCGAACAUUUCAUCUCAAAGAGCCCUAUCCCAAAAGAAAUAGACGGAAAAAGGUCGGGAGUCCACACGAAACAUCGUUGUUUGAAGAUUAUAGGACCGAGGAGGAUUCUGAAGACAAUCUGAAGGUCAACAGAUGGCGUUAAAGACAUAUAUUACUUUAUAAAUAAAUAUUGUACAAGCCGC